CUUGCACGGCACGCUGUCUUCUUACCUAUUAGGCCCACUAUUUGGCAAUAAUAUGCACAAAAAUCUCACUGAAUCUCAUGUUUAAUUCACACGCAGGAAAUUGCGUAUGCGGGUUACACCGUGAAAAGGACGAAGCAGGGUACCAGAAUACAGAGAAGAGAGCGAGCGACUAGCGCAGGCCCCUGUACCAGUUGUCUCACUAUUUGGCAAGAGCCCUUGUUCCAAAGCCGCACGAUCGCGCGCGCGCACUCGAGACCUCUGUCCGUGUCUCUCGGCUGGGUUUUGUGGGAGGUGUCAUUAUUUGGCAGGGAGCGGCGAAGGGGGAUGCUAUUAAAUCAUAGCUAUCCCCAGGAACAGCAGCAGCAGCAGCAGCGUUGUGGAUUCACUCAGCUUCAUCACAGAGCAAGUGUGAGUGUGUGACAAGGGAAACCAUACAGACCGGUGGAAGGUGCUGGGGAAAUAAACAGUGACACAUUAAACACUUCAGCGAUUUGUGGGAAUACAAGUGCAGCCAACGAACGGGUUAAGAACAUGACUACUGCAACAUCACCUAUCCUGCUGAAAUGGGACCCGAAGAGUUUAGAGAUAAGAACCCUUACAGUGGAACGGCUUCUGGAGCCAUUGGUCACACAGGUUACUACCUUAGUGAACACUAGUAACAAGGGCCCUUCCAGUAAAAAGAAGGGACGCUCCAAGAAGGCCCAUGUUCUGGCUGCUUCUGUGGAGCAGGCUACUCAGAACUUCCUGGAAAAAGGAGAGCUGAUUGCCAGGGAGAGCCAGGACCUGAAAGAGGAGCUUAUCACUGCUGUGGAGGAUGUUCGCAAACAAGGUGAAUCAAUGCGGGUGGCCUCUUCUGAGUUUGCGGAUGACCCCUGCUCCUCUGUGAAGCGUGGUACGAUGGUGCGAACCGCCCGGGCCCUGCUUUCUGCUGUCACUCGCCUGCUUAUUCUGGCAGACAUGGCUGAUGUCAUAAGGCUUCUGGCUCAUCUGAAAAUUGUGGAAGAAGCUCUUGAGGCUGUUAAGAAUGCCACCAACGAGCAGGACUUGGCCAACCGCUUCAAGGAGUUUGGAAAGGAAAUGGUGAAACUGAACUACGUAGCUGCCAGAAGACAGCAGGAGUUGAAGGAUCCCCAAUGCAGGGAUGAGAUGGCAGCAGCACGAGGGGCCCUGAAAAAGAAUGCCACCAUGCUGUACACAGCAUCUCAGGCUUUCCUUCGCCACCCUGAUGUAGCUGCCACCAGGGCCAACCGGGACUAUGUAUUUAAGCAGGUGCAGGAGGCCCUCGCUGGCAUCUCCAGUGCUGCCCGGGCCACCUCCCCCACAGACGAGAAACACGGACACGCAGGCAUCGGCGAACUGGCAGCAGCUCUGAACGAGUUUGAUAACAAGAUAAUUUUAGAUCCCCUGACCUUCAGUGAAGCCCGCUUCAGGCCGUCCCUGGAGGAGCGCUUGGAGAGUAUCAUCAGUGGAGCAGCGCUGAUGGCAGACUCCUCGUGCACACGUGACGACCGACGGGAGAGAAUUGUGGCCGAGUGUAAUGCUGUGCGACAGGCCCUGCAGGAUUUGCUAAGCGAGUACAUGAAUAAUACUGGCCGAAAUGAAAAAGGAGACCCACUUAACACCGCCAUUGAUAAGAUGACCAAAAAAACAAGAGAUCUACGAAGACAGCUGCGAAAGGCAGUGAUGGACCACAUCUCUGAUUCCUUCUUAGAGACAAACGUUCCCCUGCUGGUGCUGAUUGAGGCUGCCAAAAGUGGCAAUGAAAAGGAGGUCAAAGAAUAUGCCCAAGUCUUCCGUGAGCAUGCCAACAAGCUUGUGGAGGUUGCAAACCUCGCAUGCUCAAUUUCCAAUAACGAAGAAGGCGUGAAGCUGGUCCGUAUGGCAGCCACUCAGAUUGAUAGCCUGUGUCCUCAGGUAAUUAAUGCUGCCCUCACCCUGGCUGCCAGGCCUCAUAGUAAAGUGGCUCAGGACAAUAUGGAUGUAUUCAAAGAUCAGUGGGAGAAGCAGGUCCGAGUUCUGACUGAGGCUGUGGAUGACAUCACAUCUGUAGAUGACUUCUUAUCUGUCUCGGAAAAUCACAUCCUUGAAGACGUGAACAAGUGUGUCAUUGCUCUCCAGGAGGGGGAUGUUGACACUCUGGACCGAACUGCUGGUGCAAUCCGCGGUCGUGCUGCCAGAGUUGUUCACAUCAUCAAUGCGGAGAUGGAAAACUACGAGCCCGGAGUUUACACCGAGAGAGUUUCAGAGGCCAUUAAACUACUUUCCGAAACUGUGAUGCCACGUUUUGCUGAACAAGUGGAGGUUGCAAUUGAAGCACUGAGUACAAAUCCCCCACAGCCAUUUGAAGAGAAUGAAUUCAUUGAUGCUUCCCGCUUGGUUUACGAUGGAGUUCGAGACAUCAGGAAAGCAGUUUUGAUGAUAAGGACCCCUGAAGAGUUGGAGGAUGAUUCUGACUUUGAACAGGAAGACUAUGAUGCACGCAGCAGAACAAGUGUUCAGA